GUUCAAGUAUGCGCUUCCAAACCACAAUAGUCACAAAUUGAUGUCUCGUUCUUCCUCAAUGAUAUAUCUCUUGCGCACGAAUAAUCUGGGGUUUUCAUUUGCACUUGCGAACUCGUCCUAGUCCGCAGUCAUGACCACACGAGGGGAGCGCAUGCAACAGCGCAUGCGAGGAGCUGGACAUGGCCAGAUUGAGGAUGUUUCGUUCCAAUUGGACUUUGGCGACGACCUCACAACCGAAAUUGAAGCGCAAACUAGCCCCGAGAGGCCGCCGCCCCGACCGACACCGACCCCGAAUACAUCUGCCAAGCGGCGCAGAUUAGACAGCGAAACAGCGCGACCUGCUAUCACCGAGACGAACAAUGCGAGCCAGACGCAGAAGUCGCCGGGAAAGCCCGAUGUCUACGACAUACAAGCAGAAACCUCUACGGAAUCCGCCCAAGCCACGGCCGCGCAGCCCGCAGCGAGCCCCGAUGCCGUCGUCGAAGCCGGCAACCCGGACUCGGUCGAGUCUCUGCCUCCGCCACGGCCCGCCCCAUCAACGUCAUUCGUUUCACCAGUAUCGAGGAGGAUGACAGCAGAUAACACCGAGGUGGAGGAGAGUCCUGCGGAUGCGCCGGGCAGUGGGAGACGGCGGAGGAUCACAACAAGCAGUGCUGUCGCGUCGAGCGCAAGACUACAAGAAGCCCUAUCCCCGGGAGAAAACGCGACAGAGACUGUUCCAAUAUCAUCUCCUUUGGAGCGCAAAGUGCGGCGGAACACGACUAGCACUCGCAGGUCCACACUCAGCUCUCGUGGGAGUCGCAAUUCGGCCGCAUCCGCCAACGAGGACCUGGACGAGCUCUCUCCGGAUCGGACAGCAAACUCUGUCUCUAGGACAAGGUCUCCCGAGCUUUCAUAUCGUGGUGAAGCAGAGCCAGAUGAAGCGGAACCAGAAGCAUCAGAAGUACCUGCCGACGUAUCAGAACGAGCAACAGCGAACAACUCUCAAACCGAGUCGAUACUAGGACCGGAGCUGGACGCGAUCGUUGACGAAGUGCUGCAGCAGGAACAGGAUCACAAUGAAAGCUUGGCAGAGGAAGUGGGCGCGAAGGAAGCAGCUCAACAACUGAGUCGGAAGCGACCGCGCACCAGUCCACGGAAGUCAUCCCCGGAACCAGAUUCUACAAUAGCUGAAGAGGAGCAGCAAGAAGAGCCCGUGCCGAAGAGGCGACGGAAACAAGCUCAAAAGAGCCCAGCGAAGCAGAAGCAAGGCAGACCGAAGGCGGCCUCCAAAGGCAAGGCGGCUUCCACAGCGAAGGACGCCUCACCCAAAGCUGUGCCGAAGCGCAGGAAGAAGCCUGGAUCAGAUGGGGUCGAUGAGGCUGUAUCCAUCCCCGUGCAGCGCUUCACAAAACGUGUGCAAGUGGCUGAAGGCGGCGACGACGAAGCAGAUGUGCUCGCUAUGGAUAUCCCUUUCGCCGGGCGCGGCGGUGUGAACACGGUCGACGUGUUGACCCAUAUGUGCGACGAGAUUAUCGAGACUAGCAUAGAAACCCUGAAGGAGGGAGUGCGUAAUGCCCAAGAUGCAUCCACCAAGAGGGAACAUCGCGUGCAGCAACGAGCCCUGGAAGCGUAUCAGGACGAACUGAGGACGCGGCUCCUCCAACAUACCAUUCUCCUCGACACGCUCCACAGCUUGCGCAAGCGAGUACGCAGUGUCCAGAAAGAGAGGAUCACUCUUCGGGACGAAAUCAUGCGCAUCCGAGCCGAGCGAGACCAGGUGGCGCUCCGGAAAGAUGCCGUCAGGAUUAAGCACGAGAGGGUGACGGAAGAAGCACUGGUAAUGUCACACCCUCACCCUGCCCAAAAGGCGACACUACACACCUUAACUCAGCCUUACGAGCUCUUGCUAACCGCCCGUUGUGUUUGUGUGUGCCCACAGAACCAAUUGAGCUUAUCUUCGCAGAUGCAUGACAUUGACAUGGCCGUGGAGCGCGGUCGCGCGGCCCCCGAGCUGAGCCCGGCCGAGAAGAAGACGGCAGAGUUGGCGAACCUCGAGAUUUUGAUAUCUAGAAUCACAGACCAGGCCUGUACGCGCAGCGACACGGGGGGCACGCUGAAGCAGGUGAAGGAUUUCAACGCGUUUCUCGAACGAGCUGCAGUAGCUCUCGAAAGUCGAUAGACAAUAGACGAGACGCAACAGAGAGACCGGAAGAGAGGCAACGAAUGGCCAAAGCGAUGGCGAUGUGGUGUAUUUGCCCACGUCAUACCUGAUCUUCACGACGAGUUUGGCGUUCAUGUACGAUGCUUGGGGUAAGCAAAGCUUGGGCUUUGGGGGGGAAGAGGCAAGGAGGGGAGGGUUUCGACGGG